AUGAAAAGUAGUGUGGGCUAUUGCUGGACUCAUUUUUAUACCUUUGUCAGAUGGGAAUUACAGGGUCAAAUUGAUCGCGAGACUUGGUUACAAGCUGGUCAAGACGGUCUCUUGGGGAUUGCAAUUCCAGAGUCAGACGGUGGACAUGGUGGUGACAUUUUGAGUGCUGCCAUCAUCGUGGAAGAACUCUGCUACGCCAACUGCAGUGGCCCGGGAUUCGCCCUUCAUUCUGAUAUCGUGAUGCCCUACAUCAGUCAUUAUGGGACACCAGAGCAGAAGAAAAUUUUCAUACCUCGAAUGACAAAGGGUGAAGUGAUUGGAGCAAUCGCGAUGACAGAACCUUCAGCCGGGAGUGAUCUGCAAGGCAUUCGCACCACCGCAAAACGUGAUGGCAAUGAUUGGAUACUGAAUGGCUCCAAAGUGUUCAUCACCAACGGGUAUAUGGCUGAUGUGGUCAUUUUAGUUGCAGUUACCGAUCCGGAUGCUAAAUCCCGAGCUCAUGGGAUCAGCUUGUUUCUGGUCGAAGAAGGGAUGGCAGGAUUUUCCAAAGGCCGGAAGCUGCAUAAAAUGGGUUUUAAGGCUCAAGACACUGCCGAGCUGUUUUUCGAGGAUGUUCGAGUCCCAAGCAGUCACUUGUUAGGGAAAGAGAACCAUGGGUUUUACAUGCUCAUGCGUGAACUUCCACAAGAGCGGCUCAUAAUCGCGUUGUUGUCCCAGGCCCUUGGUGAAUUCGUGUUUGAAGAGACUAGGUCGUAUGUCAAGUCCCGCAAAGCCUUCGGUCAAACACUAUCUGGUCUUCAGACUGUUCAACACAAAUUGGCCGAAAUGAAAACCAAACUCUGUGUUUCCCGCGCGUUCGUGGAUCAGUGUCUAGAGUUAUUGAAUCAGGGUCGCCUGGACACAGAAAUGGCAUCCAUGGCCAAAUACUGGGCCAGUGACGUAGCGAAUCAGGUUGCCUAUGAUGGUGUCCAGUUGCAUGGUGGUUGGGGUUAUAUGUGGGAAUAUCCGGUUUGCAAAUCCUUCGUGGAUGCUCGUUUACAAACUAUCUAUGGUGGAACAAAUGAGAUCAUGAAGGAGCUAAUCGCUCGGUCGAUAGUCAGCACCUGAGCGAGCCGAACUGUGUUUGCUCUCCUUCCUAUGGCUUCUUGUUUUUUCGCAUUCGUUUUGAAACUCGCGACCUGUCUUUUCUAACUUGCUUUAGUUUUUUAAGUUUUAUUUUUAAAAUGAAUAUACAUUGCUGCUUUUCUCGGAUU